AUCCUCAUUGUCUAACUCAAACUCAUCCUCUCAGUUCAACUCUAUUAUUAGGUUUAACAAAUCAAAUUCUCCAAAUUCAACUCUGAAAUCAAAAUUUGACUUGUGAUCUGGAUUUUUGCUGUGGAUUUGCCCAAAUAUGUUUCUACAGAACUAACGUUUGUGUUUUUGGUUCAGCAGCUGUGCCAUGGUUAGUGAAAAUUUUGGGUUGUGGUAAAAGUACAUAUAAGAUUCAUUAAUGUUUUUUAGAAUAAAAUUAUUAUAAAAUGCCCAAAUAUCCUUUAAAACAUGAUCUUUGGGAUUCUGAAUGUUUAAAGCUGAAUAGUUCUAUUUGACCAUUCAUAGUAGACAGCUCACUUCAAUCGCUGGUAUUGCAGUUAACAUUAAACAUAAUUUUCAAAAAUGAAUCUCUCAACUGCUGAUUUUAUUGGGGGAAACAAGAUGGUUUUCCCAGCACUCCUUCUCCAGUUUGGAAAUACAUAUACUCUUCAUCAUCUUAUUAGUAGUUUUUCGGGCUUUAUCCUUGAAUGCAUAACAAAUUUCAAUUUAGAGCGGUCUGUAACUCUAAUUCCUGCAUCGCUAGCUUUCAUAAGCGUGCUUCACUGUACGAUCGACUACUUUGAAAAUAUGCUUGAGAAUGUUCCUUUUCCGACAAUAAAUGUUCCGUUGAAUUCAAACAGAAUUACUUUCAUCUGCCAGCAAUGGGUUGAAAAUGCAAUAGUGGAGAUUGCUGCCUCAGGAUUUCUUUCUCAGGACUUUUAAAUAAAACUAGUUCUCUAGGUUUCAAAAUUUAUGUUUAUCCUAAACUAAUCAAAACUUUUAAGGAUCUUUAAUUGAUCUGCUUUUUGUGAAUUCUGGAAUAAUAGUUGCCUGAGCUUGCGACUGGGUCUAUACACUUUCAUUUUUAUAUUUUAAAAUAGUGAGCCAUAUAUAUAUAUAUCUAAUAAAUUUAUUAGUUC